AUAAUAAAUUCCACAGAAAAUGUCACCAUUCUCAUCAAAUGUCCGUGAGGUCACGGAACAGACGAAAAAAGACGACGAAGAACAGUUCGAAAAGUUGGUUGCACCUCAAGCAGCACCGCGGAAAUACGAUGUUGUGUAUCGUAACCUGGUAACCUUUGGAUACGGGCACCUCACAGCUCUGUACGGUAUAUACCUCGCUUGCACUGUCGCUACGUGGAGCACUCUUAUAUUUCAUUUCACGAUAUUUGUGAUAGCCUCUAUCGGUGUGACGGCUGGCGCGCAUCGGCUCUGGACGCACAGGGCGUAUAAGGCGAAGAUGCCCUUGCAGAUUCUCUUGAUGGUGAUGAACACGUUCGCAUUCCAAAACACUGUGAUCGAUUGGGUGCGGGACCAUCGGAUGCAUCAUAGAUAUAGCGACACGGACGCCGAUCCACACAAUGCAACGCGGGGUUUCUUCUACUCUCACAUCGGUUGGCUUUUAGUGAGGAAGCACGCAGAGGUCAAGAGGCGCGGCAAGACAGUGGACAUGUCUGAUAUUUACGCGAAUCCUGUGCUCCGCUUUCAGAGGAAAUACGCAAUACCCUUCAUAGGAUCAGUCUGCUUCCUACUGCCAACGAUCAUCCCGAUGUACUUCUUCGGGGAAACACUGGCAACCGCGUGGCACCUAGCGGUCCUACGUUACGUGACGAACCUACACACAACAUUCUUAGUGAACAGCGCCGCACACUUAUGGGGCAACAAACCAUACGACAUCAACAUAAAACCAGUCCAAAACUUGGCGGUAUCAUUCGUUGCUUUCGGCGAGGGUUUCCAUAACUACCACCACGUAUUCCCGUGGGAUUACAAGACAGCCGAACUGGGCAACAACGCUUUGAACUUGACGACGUACUUUAUUGAUUUCUUCGCGUGGCUGGGGUGGGCCUACGACCUCAAGAUGGCGUCUGAUGACAUGAUAAGAUCGAGGUCGAUGAGGACGGGCGACGGCAGCAACGCGUGGGGAUUUUAAACGAUAAGCAGUAUCUAAACAUUAAUAAUUAAUUUAUCUAUUGCUU